GCCUGUUGGUCUCGUCUGCCAGGGGUCUUCUGCCCACUCCCGGGAGAGGAAGGAAAGCAAGGUGCGUUUCUCCAGUUCUGCGUCCGGAUCCCUGCGAACUUUGGAGCCGUCCCGGCCCCUCUGCGGGCCAGGCGGCCGGUAGCCAGCGGGAAGAAGGUUGCCCGGCCCGGGGCCAAUGCCGGCCGCUCUUCCCCUGCAGUAUGAAGACGCCGGAGACGCGGCCGUUCCCUCCGGACUGCUUUCCUUCAGUCCAGGCCCCAGCUCCAGCCCGUCACUCUCCCCCAGCUUCCCCGACGGAUAAAAAUACGAACCCUGAGCCGAUGACACCGCCUCCCGAUGGGGACGGUCCGCCCCGGAUGUCCCCAGAUCCCGCGGCUGGCUCAGCUGUGUCCCAGGAGCUGGGGGAGGGGAACCCAGCUGCUCUCUCCACUUCCCUGGAAACGGGGUUUGGUACUCCUGGUAAGCUGAGUCCUCGAAUUGAGGAGCAAGAACUUUCUGAAAGUGGCAGCCUUCCUGCAGAAGAAACGAACGGGCCAGAGCUGGGGACUGGAGAAGCCAUGGAAGGUUCAUCGGAGGAACCAGCCCCAAAGAGUGAAGAUUGCAUGGAACCGGUUCUAGAGAAUGAGGGAUGUACGGAACCGGCUCCAGAGGAUGAGGGAUGUACGGAACCGGCUUCAGAGGAUGAGGGAAAUGUGGAACCGGUUCCAGAGGAUGAGGGAUGUAUGGAACCAGCUCCAGAGGAUGAGGGCUACAUCUCUUGGAACUACAGCUUCUCCCAACUACCUCGAUUUCUCAGUGGCUCCUGGUCAGAGUUCAGCACCCAACCUGAGAACUUCUUGAAAGGCUGUAAGUGGGCCCCUGAUGGUUCCUGCAUCUUGACCAAUAGUGCUGACAACAUCUUGAGGAUUUAUAAUCUGCCCCCAGAGCUGUAUAACCAGGAGGAGCAGCUGGAAUAUGCAGAAAUGGUUCCCGUCCUUAGAAUGGCGGAAGGUGACACCAUCUAUGAUUACUGCUGGUACUCGCUGAUGUCUUCAGCCCAGCCAGAGACCUCCUACGUGGCCAGUAGCAGCCGAGAGAACCCGAUUCACAUCUGGGAUGCCUUCACUGGAGAGCUCCGGGCUUCCUUUCGCGCCUACAACCACUUGGAUGAGCUGACAGCAGCCCACUCGCUCUGCUUCUCCCUGGAUGGCUCCCAGCUCUUCUGUGGCUUCAACCGCACUGUGCGCAUCUUCUGUACGUCUCGGCCUGGCCGCGACUGCGAGGUCCGCUCCACGUUCGCCAAAAAGCAGGGCCAGAGCGGCAUCAUUUCCUGCAUAGCCUUCAGCCCGGCCCAGCCCCUCUAUGCCUGCGGCUCCUACGGCCGCUCCCUGGGUCUGUAUGCCUGGGACGAUGGCUCUCCUCUUGCCCUGCUGGGGGGGCACCGAGGGGGCAUCACACACCUCUGCUUUCACCCUGAUGGCAACCUCCUCUUCUCAGGAGCCCGCAAGGAUGCUGAGCUACUGUGCUGGGAUCUCCGGCAGCCUGGCCAUCCACUGUGGUCCCUGAGUCGGGAGGUGGACACCAAUCAGCGCAUCUACUUUGAUGUGGACCCGACGGGGCAGUUCCUAGUGAGUGGAAGCACUGGCGGGGUCGUCUCUGUGUGGGACACCAGUGGAGCCGGGGAUGAGGGGAAGCUGGAGCCUGUGCUGAGUUUUCUGCCCCAGAAGGACUGUACCAACGGAGCGAGCCUGCACCCUAGCUUGCCUCUGCUGGCCACUGCCUCUGGUCAGCGGAUGUUUCCAGAACCCACAGAGAGUGGGGAUGAGGGGGAACAGGAACUAGACCUUCCCCUGCUCUCCAUGCGCCACGUCCACCAUGAAUGUCGUCUCCAGCUCUGGUGGUGUGGAGGGGACCCAGACACCGGCAUCCCGGACGACCAUCAGGGCGAGAAGGGGCAGGGAGGGACAGAGGGAGGUGGGGGCGAGUUUAUAUAA